AUGUCUGCACUGUUCAAUUUUCAUUCAUUUCUUACUGUGAUACUUUUGGGAAUAUGUGCCUGUACUUACUUCAAGAUGCAAUUUCCAGCAAUCCUUGAACAAAGAACGGGAUUUCGUGGUUUCUUCUGGAAGGCGGCAAGAGUAGGUGAGCGUUUAAGUCCGUGGGUAGCUAUGGGUUGUUUCAUGAUGGGUGUUUCAAUAAUCUUCUUCUGA